UACAGCCAACACAUAUCUCAAAAUUAAAUCGGAUUAGAACUCCACACAACCACCCCCCGCCCCCCAAACAAACAAAAAAAAUUCUCUGUUACUUGUCUUUGCUGUUUCAAUUGUACCUUUCGCUCGUAUGGGUUUGCUCUCCUUUGAGACAUCAAAAGAUUAGAAGAUCGUAUUUAUUUCUGGAAUAUGUGUUUUCUUACGGGUUGUGGGGUUUCUAUAUUUACUGCUGCGUAUUGAUGAUCCUUUCCAACUGGGUGGUUUGGUAGAGGUGAGAGGGGAGUGAGCGAGAGUGUAAUAAACCCCCGAAAGUGUUGUCGGCGCAUGGUCACUUUCUGUCGGCAUUCUGUAUCCAGCGAUGAUACAUAGCGAGAGAGUGAGUGACUCAGAGCAUUUCCAUUAAUUUAUUCCAAAGUACAACAACAGAGUUUGAUAGAGAAAUUAGUUAGAGAGGCUUCCUGGGUUUCUUUUAUUACCAUUGCUUGGAGGGCAGCUAUCAUCUGCAUCAUCACUCCCCGAAGAAGCAUAUUGAUUUGGACCUGGCCAUGCUUUGUCUUUAUACCAACUGGGACUUCAAAAUUCGCUCUUGAUCACAACUGGAUUUCUGUGCUUUUUAUCCCCAACACACAUUCUGUUUUUCUUUGAUUUGUUAGAAGAGUACUUGGAGUAUCUUCUUGAUUUGACUGCUGCCUUUGUGGCGUUGGAUAGAGGAUUGUGGAUGAAUAUUGAUUUGGGGGGUAGUGGUAUUAGAAGAUUCUUUCGUAUUGCCUCUGGCAAAUGAAGCUGUGGUUCAUUGAGAUCUGGCAGCAUUACUUAUCUGGGAAUAGAGGUCUGGACCCCGUCCUGUCCAUGCUUUAGUUUCAUCUAGGUCCAGCCCUGAUGGAAUCGGAAGAAGAUUUCAGAUGUUAAUUUGCGUUUUUCUUCAAUACCUUAUAUGAAUCUCUGAUUGACAUCCAAGCAUUUGCGAUUAGAGCCUGGGGAUGAUCGUAUUCAGCCUUGUGGAUUGAACAGUUAUUGCAGAACUUUCUAAAGAUGAUUGGUUGUUGGCAUUAUUCAUUUUGUCGUAUUUUUAAUUUUUUCUAUCGGUCAUUCAACAUCAAUGCAUACCUUCUACACUAGUCAUGUUCUUUGUAGUUUUCUUUGGGAAAAGAAAUUGAACUUCCAGUCGUGAUUCCGACUGCUGCUUUGUGUCUGAUUUACUCCUAUUCAGAUAAUUUUAUGAGAGAUUAGCUAUGAUUCUUAACAAUUGCCCACUUAUAGUUUUAGUGUUGACGGAUGCUGCCUGACUUGUAACCAAUUGGUUGGGGAUAUAUAAUAAAUGUGAAUGUUGCUCCUUUUUAUGCUUUAUUUUUGUUGCAUUUCUUCUUUUCCCCAGUAGAUUUUGAUUAUUUUUCUUCUGACUCCUUUGCAUUCCAGGUUCAAUAAAUAAUUAUUUGUGUCCCAAUAAUACUCUAGAGCAUAGCUGAAGUGGCUCCCAUUACAGAUGUCAGGGCAUCUUGCAGCAAUAACAGCAGGUGCUGCAGGAGCGGUGGCAUUGGUGGGGAUAGUAAUCUUCUUCAUAUGGCUCUGCCUAUCUCGCAAAAGAACCCCUACAAGAACUUCAGAGACAGGGUCCUCUGAUCCGUCUGUUCAAGUGGGAAGAAAUGUUGGUUUUGAGCUGUCCUUGCGUGAAACAAGGCGUUUUGAGAUCGAAGAAUUGUCUCUUUCCACAAAACAAUUUAGUGAUAAAAACCUAAUCGGGCAAGGAAAGUUUGGGGAGGUAUAUAAGGGUUUGCUUAAUGAUGGGAUGCUAGUGGCUAUCAAAAAGCGACCUGGAGCACCUAGCCAGGAAUUUAUCAACGAGGUACUCUACCUUGCACCUAUCCGGCACCGGAAUCUUGUGACUCUGUUGGGCUAUUGCCAGGAAAAAAAUCAACAGUUUCUCAUUUAUGAAUACAUACCAAAUGGAAGCGUUUCAAGUCACUUGUAUGGCACUGGUCAACAUUCACCUGAAAAGUUAGAAUUCAAGAAUAGAGUUUCAAUUGCACUAGGGGCAGCUAAAGGUUUGGCUCAUCUUCACUCCCUAAGUCCGCGUUUGAUACACAAGGAUUUCAAGACAUCCAAUGUCCUUGUUGUAGAUAAGAAUUUUACAGCUAAGGUUGCAGAUGCAGGUCUUCGUAAUUUCCUUGGAAGAGUUGAUAUUGCUGGCCCAUCUUCUCAAGUGACAGCAGAUGAGAUAUUCCUCGCCCCAGAAGUGCGAGAAUUCGGUCGAUUUUCUGAAAAGAGUGAUGUAUAUAGUUUUGGGGUAUUCCUCGUGGAAUUAGUAAGCGGGAGGGAAGCAUCGGAAUCGCCCUCUUUUGACCCAAAUCAGAACCUGGUUGAAUGGGUACAAAACAAUCAAGAAGAUGGCACCUUUUCCAAUAUCAUUGAUCAAAGAUUAGAGGCUACUUUUACAGCUGAAGGGAUGGAAGAGGUUAUAAAACUGAUACUCCGAUGUGUGGAAGCUUCGAGUGAGAGACGGCCUGCCAUGAGCUAUGUGGUAAUGGAACUUGAUCGGAUACUCGAGAAAGAGAUGAGCUUGACGACAAUCACGGGCGAAGGAACCCCAACAGUGACCCUCGGAAGCCAGUUAUUCAGAGCUACAAAAUAAAAGAUACUUGUAUGCAAGUUGCAACCCUAAUGCCGGGAAUGAUAUAUUGCAAAGGGUAACAUACUUAUACCUUCUUUAUUACUGUUUUGCUA